CCCCCCCUUCGACACGAUGAUGGAGGCCAGAGUCAAGGCCGAACUGGACAUGCAGUUCCUGGUCGCUCGCCUGUUUGAACGCCUACGAACCGAGGCCCCUGCCUAUGAUUGGGACGAGGCCAUCGCUCCUUACCACUCUGUAUGUCGUUGCUCUGUGUCUGAUGAUGACAUAUCCAGCUUGCUGACGCCGGAGUAUAGUNCCUACGACAACUGGCACGUCCAUGGAUAUCGUCGUGCUUCACAACCCGUUGAUCACAAAUCGAGCAAAACUUCGAGUAGAACCACCAGCAAGGACCGCCGAAAGGAUCGCGAAUCAGAAAAGAAUAAAGACAAGGAGAGCGAACGAAAUGUAUCCGAUGCACAACAGGGCUAUGAGAUCGUCGCUCGCAUCUCUCGCCACACAACUCGUCUCGAGCGCGAGUUUGCCCUUGCAAAGAAGAUCAAAGCAGAAGAAGAUCCGGACUGUCGCCAUUUCAUAGACCCUAUUGAGUUUCGCCGCCUGCCCGCACGCCAACCUGGAGAAGUCACUCUCGUUGCUUUCAUCGCGCGGGCCCCUGAUAGCGGCGGGGACUACAUGAAAGAGCUGGUCGAGUUUGGCCCAAGCCUUCGCCGCGCGCAACUGCCUACCUCGCCUAUCAGCCCGCACGGUGACCCCAAAACCGACCACUCACCCAUGCCCGAACUUUUGCCUAUUGGCCUCUUCCUCGAUUUUGCUAUUGGCGCAACUGAAUGUUGCGAGAUCCUUCACCACAGCAGAGUGUUGGUCCACGGAGAACUUCGUGGUGACGCCUUCCAUUUUAGCAAGGAGAACCGGACUGUACGCUUGAUCAACUUUGGUUCUGGUGCUCGGUCAUUCGAGAAUGGCCUUACAUCUGCUGGUUGGAGCUCACUGACCUCGGAGGCCGGCGUCGAAAACCGUCUCCAGUUCAUUGCUCCGGAACAGACUGGUCGCAUGCCUGCCGAACCGGAUACCAGGACUGAUAUAUAUUCGCUUGGCAUCCUGUUCUGGACUAUGCUGACUGGAGUGCCCGCCUAUCAUGGGAGCAACCCUCUCGAGAUAAUGCAGAGUUUGCUAUCACGUCGAAUUCCUGCAGUUGAUAGCAUACGCACUGAUGUGCCUCAAAUCAUCUCGAAUGUUAUACAGAGGAUGACACAGAAGAAAAUGGGAGAUCGCUACCAAUCCUCAUCUGGUUUGAAGCAUGACCUGCUCGAGGUGAAGAGACUACUCUCUAAUGGUGAUGUUGACGCACUCCAAUCUUUCAAGCUUGGUUCCAAGGAUGUCUCUUGCUUCUUCAACUUGCCCAACUCGCAGAUCGGACGCGAGGAGCAACGGAAACUGAUCCUUGACGUUAUAGAGAAGUCUGCUUGGCGUGCUUCUCAGGCCAUUUCAACCUCCAAGAAAAGCUUGCAUAGCUUGAGUUCGCACUCCUCGGCCUCGAUAUCAACGCCUACUCAAGCCGACCGACACGAAAGCAGCCUUUUAGACGACAUCAUUUCUCAGAGUACUGGCUCUGGUGUUGAUCAAGAGCCCAAAAUCGCCAUCUCGUCGGAUAGAACCGACCUCUUGAAGCUGCAGCAUGAACACAGCUCGCAAGAGAGCAAUUUGGCUUACAACGGUGCCGAGCUUGAGCACAAGCCGUCACUAGAGAGCAGACCCUCUGUGUACAACGUCGAGGGUAGUCAAAGAUCUACCGUAUCGAAUUCAUACACCGGUCAAUCCGAAGGCUCUGCCCUUCGCGCCGCGCAACGCCUCAAGCAGAUUGGCCGCACUGAAGUUUUGUGCCUCAGUGGUGCUGCAGGUCUUGGAAAGAGCUCUUUGUUGCACGAUGUUCAAAACAUGUCGAGAAAAUACGGCUAUUACGCAUCGGCCAAGUUCGAUCAAGUCAAACGAGCACCCUUUGAACCAGUGUGUGGUAGCAACGGCGAUACUGCAUCAGAUUGGUUACGUGCUGGAGGCAGUAACUCGAGCAAGUCAAAUCGCUUUGUCCGCACUUUCCUUGACGUUCUUCGACUGCUAGCGUUGCAGAAGUUUAUUUGCAUAACACUUGACGAUCUGCAAUUUGCAGAUGAAGAGAGUAUUGAACUUCUAACCAACAUUGUUCAAGUCAAAAUACCCCUAGUGCUUGUUCUUACUUACCGGGAUGAAGAAGCUCUCCCCGCCAAACUUCGACCACUGCUUGAGAAAGCCACGAAGAUUGAUCUCAAGCCUUUCAGUGAGGAAGAGACGGCAAAAUAUGUGUCCAUAACCUUGCAUCGCUCUCCCGAAUACGUUCUACCUCUAGCUGCUGUCAUUCAGCAAGCGACUUUGGGCAAUCCAUUCUUCGUCCGAGAGAUGCUUGAUUCUUGCUAUCGAAAGCACUGCAUAUACUAUUCAUGGCGUUCUUCACAGUGGGAGUUUGACCUUGACAAAACUUUUGACGAAUUUGCUUCGCCAGACGCCAAUCAAUUCUCGACAAACAACUACCUUGUGAAGCGAUUGAAAGAUCUCUCGGACGACUGCAAAUCUGUGCUUUGCUGGGCUAGCUUCAUUGGCAACACCUUUUCUUUCACUCUCGUGAAGCGAGUCAUGAGUUGCGACUGUUCUAAGCAGUCGAAGGAUGAAUAUCUGCCACAGAAGAAGAACCCUGUGACCGGCUUACAAGAUGCUAUCAGUUCUUACAUCAUUGUUGCCACUGAGGAUGAGGACAGAUUCAGAUUUUCGCACGAUCGAUACAUGCAGGCUGCAGAACUUCUUGCCAAUGACUGUCGCAAGGAGGAGAUGCACUACAUCAUUUCGGCAUCUUUGAUGUACCAUGACCCUUAUGACAGCGCUACCAAACCUACCCAGCUUCUAUUCGACCAAGCCAGACAUAUCUGCAACGCAGUAGAGGCCAUUCAAGCUCGACCAAGCAUUGGUAAAGGCCCUUUCAGAGACCUGCUCUACCAAGCAGCGGAGACCUCUCGAGAGCAGGGAGCAAGAUCAAUAUCGCUCUACUUCUUCCAGCACUGUUUGAUGUUACUUCCUGAUGACCCUUGGAAAGAAGAUUCUUUAGAAGGUUCUUACCAAGAGACGUUGACUCUCAUGACCAAGGCAGCUGCGUCUUACUGGUAUCUUGGAUUCUUUGAAGAGGCCGAAAUCAUACUCAAGGAGAUCAUGACCAAUGCCAAAGCUGCUGCUGACAAGACACCGGCAUUUAUAAUCCAAAGUCGAAUGCAUGCACAANAAGGAGAUUCGCAUAUUGCCUUCCUGAACAUGAAGCGAGCUCUGGCAGAUCUAGGCAUUGAGAUCCUCGACACUACGUACGAAGAAUGUGACAAGGAGUUCUACGAAAUUGUGGAUCUUGUUAAUGUCUCUGACCGACAACUUUUUGAGGGGAGGGAUGCGCCGAUCGACCGAGAUCUCUUCACAACCGCGGCUGUCAUGAUUGAGCUUCUCAGCGCUGGAUUCUGGACUGACUCGUUGUUGUUCUACUACCUGACUUUGAAGAUGAUGCGGCUGUUCCUUGAGAGGGGACUCUUCCCACAGAUCGCCGUGGGCUUUGUCCAUCUAGCAUCUAUUGCUAUUGGUCGUUUUGAGAUGACGGAGAAGGGCGUCGAGCUCGGGAACACAGCUUUGAAGCUCUUCGACCUCUUUGACACAGAUUCCUACACGAUCGGCCGUGGUGUCACACUGCACAGUCUCUUCCUUGGACACUUCGUUUCAGACAUCUCAGAUCAAAUACCUGUCUUGGAACGUGGUAUGGAGGCGACCGUUCUCGCUGGUGACAAGUUGGUCCAUCUCCUGAACGUUGGUGUCAUGUGUGCAUACAAGCUGUGGACCUCACAUAACUUCGAGGAAGUCAGUGCUUACAUCCAGUACCAAUAUGAUAACUUCCCGGACUGGCCUACGGAUCUGCGUGGGNGUGUGUUCCUUGUUUCAGUACGCCAGUUUAUUCAAGCACUCCAGGGCAGGACCAACUGGCGUCAAGCCGCGCACAUCUUCGAUGACGAUUCUCAUCAAACGCAACAAUACGUCGACUUCAUCCAAUCUCAUCCCACUUCUGCUGUUCGACCUCUAUUCUUCUACAACAGCUACAGAAUCGCUAUCUUGUACAGGUUUGGAUACUGGCGAGAGGCUCUGGAACUUGGCAACUCGGUGCUGGAAUCUAUCGCGGACGUCUGGUGCAUACGACACGCUUACUAUUGCUACUUCUACAUCUCAAUGGCAUUGGUUGCAAAGCUGCGUGAAGAGCCAAAGUGUACGGAUCGCAAAAGCGUCCUCGAAACCAUCUACAAGUACAAAGCCAAGAUUGAGACAGCGAGUCGCAUCAACGAGGCAAACUUCUCUGUCUGGUUGCACCUUCUUCGCGCAGAGAUUGCUGACAUUGAGAUGCAAUCGGACGUAGCUACCCUAUCUUAUGAGGCCGCGAUCGAUCACACAGUAGUCCAUGGUCUUCUUUCUGACGAGGCUUUAUGUUACGAGCUUUAUGGCGAUUUUCUGGUCCGAAAAGGAGCCACUCGUCCUGCACGUGCGAUGGUCCGAGAUUCCAUUGCCGCAUAUCGUCGUAUUGACGCCACAGCCAAGGCGGAUCAUAUCAGCGAAAGACACGAAUUCUUGCUUAUUGGCUCGAGAACAUUUGGGAAUGCAGACGCAGCAACACAGACUGUCGACAUUGACAACAUGUCGUUCUCUAUGGUACAGAACGAAGCCCCUCAAGCUUCUGGUGACAGGACAAAUGAGUGGUUGACUCCAAGCGCAAGAACGAUUCCUCAUCAGCAUGAAACACAGCACGACUUGCAAGGUGGGUUUUCUGCUGUCGGUCUUGAUAUGAUUGACCUCGCCAGUAUUCUGGAGUCAUCGCAAUUGCUAUCCUCGGAGCUCAGAGUCGACAAGUUGCUUGCAAAGUUGACCAACAUCAUCGUCGACAGCACUGGAGCCGCUCUGUGUGGCCUUGUUGUCAAUGAUGACGAGAUUGGCUGGAACGUCGCUGCUGUGGGAGGACCGGACAUCUCUUAUCAGGGUAAUGUCGGCCAACCGAUCAGCGACAUCGAUGAUCCACUCUCAAAGCAAAUCACGUUCUACGUUCUGCGGUUUAAGGAGGAGCUUUUCCUACGCAACGUACUCGACGACGAGCGAUUUGCAAACAUGCCUGCAUCUUGGAGACAGAAGCAUCCUGAAGGUAAGGCCGUGAUUGCCUUGCCUAUAUUACAUGGAGACGACACUCUACUUGGCUCAAUAUACAUCGAGGGACCUCCGAACUCGCUGUCUCAGCGCAAUAUUACUGUUCUCCGCCUGCUUGUCAAUCAGAUUUCCAUCUCGAUCGCCAACGCACUACUUUUCAAGAAGGUUCAGAAGGUCUCAGCGAGCAACUCUUCCAUGCUUGAAGUGCAGAAGCAGGCCCUCGAGCAGGCACGCGAGGCUGAGCGCAAGGCUAAGGUUGCGGAAGCCAAGGCUAUGGAGAUGGUCAAGCUCAAGGAAGAGGCAGCCAAGGCAAAGAGUAUGUUCUUAGCUAACGUCUCCCACGAGCUGCGCACUCCUCUAAAUGGAGUCAUUGGUAUGUCCGAGUUGCUCAAGGGAAGCAAUCUCAACACCGAGCAAGAGGGCUACGCCGACAGUAUUCGUGUUUGCGCGGACACUUUGCUUUCGGUCAUCAAUGACAUUCUGGACUUCAGCAAACUCGAGGCUGAUAAGAUGGCUGUGUACUCUGUGCAGCUGUCCCUCACCCAGACCAUUUCGGAAGUCGUCAGAGCUCUUUCUUACACCAAUCUCGAAAGAGGACUGCAGACUGUCGAGAAGCUUGAGAUGCCCUCGAGUUUGCUUGUCAUGAGUGAUCCAGUCCGUUUGCAUCAAAUUUUGAUGAACUUGCUCAGCAACGCGUACAAGUUUACAGCAAAGGGAACGGUCACUAUCAGGGCGUUCAUCGAGCACGAGACUGAGGAUACCGUCCAGGUAACCUGCAGUGUGACAGAUACUGGUAUCGGCAUUACAGAAGAACAAAGGAAGAAGCUCUUCCAGCCGUUCAGUCAGGCAGACAGCAGCACAGCACGCAGCUAUGGUGGUACCGGACUUGGUCUUUCCAUCUGCAAAGCCAUCAUCGAAAAGGUCUUGCACGGAAAAAUCUGGCUCGAAAGUGAAAUCGGCGUUGGAACAACCGUUUCCUUCUCCCUUCCCUUCCAGAAAAUCAGACCCGGUGCUGAAAAUGGAGCCGCUGGACCACUCGCCGAUCCCAUGGCAGCCAUGUACAAGCCCAGCGAAGACGAGAUGAAGAAAUCGUCAUAUAUUAGCCUCGCCCAUAUCCCUCGCGACAGGCUCAGAAUCUGUAUCGCGGAGGACAAUCCCAUUAACCAAAAGAUUGCCAUCAAUUUCGUCAAGAAGCUUGGGUUCAAAUGCGAGGCAUACGGUGAUGGCCAACAAGCAGUCGAUGCCCUUGCCGCAGCAAGCAAAGCAGGCACGCCAUUUCACCUCGUCCUCAUGGAUGUUCAGAUGCCCGUUCUCGAUGGCUACAAUGCCACACGAGCAAUCAGAGCACAUCCCGACCCUAUCGUGCGCGAAGUGCUGGUUAUCGCUAUGACUGCGUCAGCUAUUCGCGGCGACAAGGAAAAGUGUCUCGAGGCUGGUAUGAACAAUUAUCUUGCCAAGCCUGUCAGAGCACACGUUCUGAAGCAAAUGUUGGAGGGAUACCUUAACCAAGUGCCCAAGACGAUGACCAAUUUGCAGCAGCAGGCUAACCAAUUGAGUCAAGAUGUGCUUGAUCAAGCGUCCUUAUAUAAUCCUUCUGCUGCGGGCGGCCAGGUUGCUCGGAACCAUCAGGUCGAUGGAGAACGAAAUGAUGGGCUGCAGGUCGAGGACCAACAGACUGAUGGCCAAGUGACGCCAACUCCUGCCACCGUCAAUGCCACGUCUGCUUCCUUGCCGACGCGAAAUAAG